AGGCCAUCAUCCCUCGCGUAUGCCCGGGAUGGCCUCAUCAUCUAGAACUUUUCUCUACUCUUUCCAAGCACACUAACCGCGCCUGCGAUCUGCUGACCGACAGCUCAAGGAACCACCCCUCCUGCAGAUCCAUGCUCGAGUACAGUCCAUCUUGACUAUGUCUGAAGGGGCAUCAAAAAGUACAGGGGCUGAAGAGCAGGUGGAAGAGUUGGAGGAUGCGUUGAAUCCGAUUCGGAACUACCCUCGAAAGAGGGUGGCUGUAGCGUGUGAAGUCUGUCGUGUUCGAAAGACGCGAUGCGAUACAAAACGACCCUGCGGCUUCUGUACGAGUUCUGGUCUUCAGUGUGUGUACAGACCGCUUAAUCAACCCGAGAAAUACACCUCAGCUUCCGAGAUACUUAAUCGCAUUGAAGAGCGUCUUGUUCGAUUAGAAGAUAGCAUCAACUCGAGCAGAUCAGAGCCUGCGAGUACCCCUGCCUCCAUAGACGAUUCUCGAUCGGCGAAGAGCAAGAUAGAAGGAUGGCGGUCGUACUAUCAAGACCUCAUUACUUCACCCAACUAUGAUAACUCCUUUCGCCAAACUACCGGAGAAGCCUACACCGCGCGACCGUCUCUAGUCAGCUUUACGUGCCCUUAUUACAUCCAUUUUGACAGUUGGGAUGACACCUCGAGAUUCUAUGACGAUGAGUUUAGAGCUGAAAAAGAUUUGUACCAAAUUAUGGAUGCUAUAGGCGACCGUGUUCCACCCACGGAUACUCGAACGAUAUGGCGUCUGCAAAAGGCUACUAUCAAGAACUUCCUCCAAUGGAUGCCGCUUCUAUCUGUGGAAGACCUCGUGAAUCAUGUCCAGAUAGCCCAAACUAGCAACUUCGAGUUACAAAACUCUUCGGCGGCCUUGAGCAUGCUUUCUUUUGCUUUUGCUGAGAUUUCCGAAGAUCGAGCUUCCCAGCUUGACAUCCAACAUCAGGUAUUUCUGCCAGGACUCCAAUAUUUUCGGCACGGAUCCAAGCUUCUCCAGGAACUCAUGCCACGGGAAAGGAGAGAAAUCGAGGUUCUUCAGUGCCGGGUUCUAUAUGUGUCAUAUCUUCAGUGCGCAGCACUUCCGUUGAUGGCAUGGGACACGAUUAUGGAGGUCGGACGAGAUUGUAUGAACAUUUUGAGUUCUGGGCAUUAUCAUACUAUGAGUACAGCACGACGCGAAUCCUUUCAUCGCGUAUUUUGGACGUCAUCAAUUAUCAUGCACGAACUAGAAUCGAUAUUGAAAAUGAGUCCUACUGGGAUGCGCCAAUUCCAUGAGGUCGUCCCUCUUCCACAGACUACUACUGAAGUCGAGGGGUUCUACCAUUUCUUUGCUCAAAUCAGCCUGCGUAAACUUCUUACAGAGAUCUUGGACCUUGUGGGUUAUCGGGUUGGACAAGUAAUCUAUGCGCCUAUCGUAGCGACCGAACUCCGCAAGCAAGCGCAGGAUUGGUACAGCCACCUACCUCCGCCGGUUCAAUUCCCAAUUAAUGCAACGCCACUAUUCGAUCUACGAAAGUCUUACCUUCGAGUACAGUUCGUAGCUAUCCAUGCCGUUGUUCUGUGGCCUUCAGUUCUCCAAUUCUUAGAAAGCUUAGUGAACCAGGGGCCGGAGAAGGGCUCUACGGAGAGACUCGACAGUCUACAGCAGGAAACUCGGGACUGCAUUGAGUUUUGCGUUUUGAAUUGUGAAUUGGCAGAAGAGCUCUUGAUGCAGAGACAUUUCGGUCUCCAGCUCGCUAUUUGGAGUACAUAUGCAACAAUGAGUAUGCUCAUGGUCACUUACCGUGUGCCGUCCCUUGCCAGUAUAUCCGAGACCCGCACCGACAUGUACAUCCGAAAAGCGUUUACUUCUCUUUCUUCAUGGGAGCAUCUACCGGUAGUGCACCGAGGGCUAGAGCGAACUAGAAGGCAUAUGGAUAGAGCACAGAUACCUCUAGAUGAUCUGAUUAUGCAGCAAUGAAUGAAGUCUAUUAGAUACCUCCUAC